GAAAAAUGUCAAAAAUGACGGAGGCCUCUAGCCAUCACUUCAAUUGCCUAUAUUUUUUUUUUCUUUUUUCUUUUUUUUCUCCAAAAUUUUGAAGGAGAUUUAAACUUCAAUUGCAUAUAUAUUUUGUUUCUACGUAGUAGAAAACUUUGGAAAAACUUUGGAUACUUUCUUUGAGAAAAGACGUAUGACAGUGAGGUUGAUCAUGAUAAAUGAUGAUUUGAAUUUGUAGGGUACCAACGUAUAUGAGAUGGAAAGUUAGAAAGUUAGAAAGUUCGAUUAGCUAAGCUAAUUGGCAUAGGAGUUAGAAAUCUGAUGAUUGAAAAUUGUCUCUCGUUUUGACUUAAAAGCCUACCACUGAAUAAAAUAUAUUUUUUUUCUAGUGUACUACGCUGUCCAAGUCCAAACCCUUCUAUACCAUUAUUAAGGCAUAUCAUCCCUCCCCAAGCAAAGUACAUUUCAAAAGGUGUGAGACCUUUGUUUCCUCAAGAGAGUUUAGUUGAUACCCAAGAGAUCAAAGGCUUGACUUCUUUCCCAGAGAGAGAGAGAGAGAGAGAGAACGAGAGAGAUGGGGAGGGCUCCUUGUUGUGACAAAGCAAACGUGAAGAAGGGACCAUGGUCACCAGAAGAAGACUCAAAGCUAAAGGAGUACAUAGAGAAAUAUGGGACUGGUGGGAAUUGGAUUGCUCUCCCACAGAAAGCUGGUCUGAAGAGAUGUGGGAAAAGCUGCAGAUUGAGAUGGCUUAACUAUCUGAGGCCAAACAUCAAACAUGGAGAAUUCUCUGAUGAGGAGGACAGAAUGAUAUGCAGCCUCUAUGCUAGCAUUGGAAGCAGGUGGUCAGUUAUAGCUGCUCAGCUGUCAGGCAGGACUGACAAUGAUAUCAAGAACUAUUGGAACACCAAGCUCAAGAAGAAGCUCAUGGGGAUGCAUAUGGCUUCUCCUCCAGCUCGUCACCACCAUAGAAAUUUACUAAAACCUCCCCCAUUUCCUUCUUCUUCUCAUCACAGUUACCAAAACCAAUCAUUGAUUCAAUCUGAAACUCUCUCAUCACUGUACAAAGACCUAAGCAAUUACGACAGAUCUUUCUUAGGGUUUGAAGUGCCACUGCCACUGCCAUCACAAGUUUCACUGACAUCCAAUAAUUUCUCAAAUACUUCCACCAACUCCUUUUCUCUUUUCCAAACCCUAAAUUACCCAGCUGGAGUGAAGAAAAAUAACAACAAUAACCUCCUCAUGUUUGGAAGUGAAGGAAGUUGCAGUACUUCAUCUGCUGGAAGCUGUAAUAACCAGAUCAGCUAUGACUACUGCAGCAGAUCAGAGAUUAAUAACAUCAAACAAGAAGAAAUGGGUUUUGAUCAUCAGAGCUUCAUGAUGCUUAACUUUGGCAACCAAUGGACUGAGAAGCCAAAUGGGUUUUAUUUUGAAGCAGAAAACAACACAUUAGAGUUUACUGAUCUGGAUGAAGAUGUUAAGCAGCAGCUGAUUAGUACUAGUAGUAAAAAUACUCAUAACAAUGAUACUAUUAUUAAUGGUUCCUCUACGUCUAACUGCUUAUUAUUCAAUGUUGAUGAAAGCAAGACAGAAGAUGAUGAGAAGGUUAUGUAUUUCUACUGAAGUUAUUGAAUGCUAGUAGCUGCUGAAUGCUGAAGAGUUAUUGAGUCUACUGACUGACUGUUGUAAGUAAAAUGAUCAGAAGGAUUUGAUGGGGUAUGGUGAGAGGUGGUGGGGGAGAUAUUCCGAAAGAUUGACUCAGUGGACUUCUAUUCUAUAUGUUUCUGAACUCUGAAUCUGAUAUAUGCGAUGAUUUUUUUUUUUUUUUUUGACAGUACAUGGUAAAGCCCUUUUUAUUUUGUUAAUUUGUGCAUUUCAUUUUGAGAGUACGUGAAUGCUGAUGAUGAUUAAUAUGAUAAGUUGUUGUACGGUCCUUCA